AAUAACGUUUAGAUGGGGUUUGUCACAACAGGAGCCUGGCAAGGGGGCGUCGGAAUGGCAUUUGGCACUUGCCUGCCCAAACGGUUGCGAAGUAGGCCUUUCGCACACCGUAGAUUGCCAAGCAGCAUACGAUACUGCAGUGUGCUUCCUAUUGUGAGCAGCGUGGCCCUCGGCCUAGAGACGCUGGGCAAUCAAUUAACCGCGGGCCGGGAGGCCAUUAUGAACGUUUUCUAAAACUCCCUUUGCUGGCGCUGUAAUGUCCUUAAAAACGCUUGCCGAAAUGGGUUCAUGUGGUCCCUGUUGUUGUUUGUGUUGAUGCAAGUCAGUUGUGCCGACAUCCCACCAUUGUCGCUGGGCCACUGAACAAAGCGGAUGCCUGCAAGACGUGCUUUCGUCCUGUUGGCUGCGUCGAUUAUGCUGCUCAGCUGUGGUCAAGCAUGUGCUUCAGGAGAGACGCGCGGCGUCCCAGGCAGCUGGGUGCGUCGGAGGUUGCGCGGUGGCCGAGCUCUCGCCCAACUUCCCGGCCUGGCCGGUGUGAACGGCUUUGAACAGCAAGUCUCCGGCGCGACGCCGACUGAUGCUGAUCCUCAGCAGCAGAGGCUGGGUCUUGUGCCGCCGCCACCUCCACCACCGCCCACCGGAAAUGGCAAGAGCAACAGCACCCACAUGAUCACCUCUGGACGUAUCGACACCGUAACCACCACCGAGCUUGUUGGCAUGGCAAUUGCCGGCUUCGCGGCGGGGCUGGUGGGGAUUGCGCUGGCACUGUGGGUGCGGCGGCUCGAAUGCACACGCACCUUGCUGUCAGCCAGCAAGAGCUGGAAGGUGAUCCUGAGCAGGCAGCUGUCCUCGUCAGGUUCACUGGAGGAACGGCCGGCCGCUGCCACGACGGCACCAGCAGCAGUAGCACCAGCAGCACCAGCGCCAGCCGCGGUGCCAGCUACUGCAGUGCGCAGGGCAACCGAUGUGGUGAUGGGCGCCGAUCAACGGUCGAGUCCAGCUCAGCAGCUGUUGCCGCGGCCUGCAGGGCCUCCAGCAGUGCCUGCGCAGCAUGGCGUCCCUCUGCCGCCUGUGGGUCAGGUCGCGAGGCGAGACGGGCAGCGGGCACAGCAAGUGCAGCAGCCACAGGGCCUGUCAAGGCCAUCGCCUGCUGCCGUCGUCAUUGGGGCCGCACCUGGCGCCAACGCAAGCACAUGAGCGAAACAAUUGCAGCUGCAUUCAUUAGUGAAGUGGGUAGGAGCGAUGCAGCACGGUACGGUGGUGUGGCAUUGUUCCCUCGAGGAAAACGGCUCGUGAACCGCGAUUCCAAGUUGGGAGGAUACAUAACUUAUGAGUAACAAGACAACCUGCGAAGCAUUUGCAGCAGUAUAUUCUGCAUCUAUGUGCGUGAGCCCCCAAAGAGGGCUAUAGGAGAGCAUUGGAAGGAGGGAGCUGUGCGGCUGACGCACGCGUGCACCAAGGUGUGCGCCAGCUCUAGCACGCCAAUCGUGCGCCGCCUAGCGGCGGAGCCCAUAGUGAAUGAUGGACACUCUGCGCUGAUUUAUUCUUCUUAGCAAGCCGGCACAGGCGACUCGUUUGGCCGCUAGACAACUUGUAUGGGUGUGUGGGCUGCAGGGUGGUCAUGCCACAUGGUGGUGUGACCUGCAGGGUGUGCCGCCACUGUUGGGAUUUAUGACACAGGACGACUCCUGGUAUGUCACGUUUUCCCACUCCCUUAGGGGCGCCGUCGCGCAUGGAUGCCACGGCUUCCGAGGACUGAUGUGCAGGGCUCGCUGCAGCCGUGGGGCCUGGAAUGCAGGUUGUGCUCAGGUAGGGGCCCUCGGUCGGGCUUGUGCGUGGCUAUGCUUACAGGGCAGACGCGCGAUACCCUUGAAGCCCUUGCGUUUCAAUUGUCCUCGCGUGUCAGUCCUCGUGUGGCAGUCUUUUCUGUCGCGGUAUUGAGGCAUGCUGCUUGCUGCCACGUGUGUUUGUGGGCUUGGGUGGACUGGUUUCUUGCGCCUGCUUGCGCAGCUUAGAUUACCGUACGCCCGUACGGUGAUUGGGUUCCGGUGCUGACACUACCGGUAUGUGCCGCUCUCGCACGCAUGGCCAUGCUGGGAAGCAGGGCAGGACCGCGUCGACAAAGGGUCCCGCCGUGUGCUGCUGGAAAUACAUGUGGCGGCGGCCUCCAGCAAUCAACACCGGGUCGAACUGUCGAAGCAACAAUCACCGAAUCCC